GCGGCAAACGACAGAUGCCGGAAAGAGGACGCUCAAAACGUUGUUAACGACAAGGGGAAUCUCAUAGUUUUGCUCUCUAGGACUGUUCGUCAACAUGCGAGCAGCGUGUGGGGUCUGGGUAGCAUGGUUUUCGGUGUUAUUGUUUGUAUUGUUGGGGGACCAUGCAAGUGUGAAAGGGAUGACUGUGGAACGACGAUUGGAACUAAGGAAUAAAGUUAAAGAAAUGUUUGACCAUGGCUAUCAGAAUUACUUGAGGCAUGCCUAUCCGCUGGACGAACUGAACCCUCUGGCCUGUAAUGGUCGUACCAAGGAUGACAAUCCAGGAAAUUGGAAUGUGAACGAUGUCUUGGGUAAUUUUUCAUUAACGCUCGUCGAUUCCCUAGAUGCCCAUGCGAUAAUGCGUGACCAACCCGAGUUUGAAAAGGCCGUGCGUCUUGUCAUCGAUCAUGUGCACUUUGAACAGGAUUCCCGCGUCCAGGUUUUCGAAGUGACCAUUCGCGUUCUCGGAGCGUUGCUUUCUGCGCAUAUCUUGGCGACGGAAGAGAAGUGGGGAUCGCGUAUUGCAUGGUACAAUGGGGAACUGUUGUUAUUGGCCCAGGAGCUCGCCGAUAGGUUGAUGCCCGCGUUCAACACUCCAACAGGGAUGCCAUGGCCGCGGGUUAAUUUGAAAUACGGUGUUUUAUCUCAUGAGACGGAAGUUACCUGUUCGGCAGGUGCUGGGACGUUAAUUUUGGAGUUUGGAGUGCUCACCCGUCUGACAGGAAAUGCUACUUAUGAGGAUGCUGCCAAAAAAGCACUACUACGUGUGUGGGCACAACGAUCUCCACUUGACCUCGUUGGCAAUAGUCUGAGCGUUAAAGAUGCCAAGUGGUACAACACAGUGGCGGGAAUCGGUGCGGGCAUCGAUUCUUUCUAUGAGUACCUCCUCAAAGCAUACAUUCUUUUUGGCGAAUACGUCUAUUUAGACAUUUUCGAUGCCGCUUACCGAGGCUUAAUGAACGCUGUUAAAGACGAACGCGGAUUAAUUUAUCGGAACGUGGACAUGUUCAGCGGAGCUUUGGCUGCGACUUGGGUUGACUCCUUGGCAGCCUUUUUUCCCGGUUUGCAGGUGUUGGCAGGAGACAUUGAGAACGCUAUAAAGUUACAUCAAGUUUACUACACAAUUUGGAGACGGUACCGAUCGCUACCGGAACGGUUUGAUUUUCAAACCCGCGCUCCAGCGAUCGCAAUAUAUCCCUUGCGGCCUGAGUUGAUUGAGUCAACUUACAUGCUGUAUCAGGCUACUAAGGAUCCGUAUUAUUUGGAAGUUGGUGAACAGAUAGUGAUGGACUUGGAGGAAUCAACCCGUGUCCAAUGUGGAUUUGCGGCUUUGGCCGAUGUUGUGAAAGGGGAGCUUGAUGAUCGAAUGGAGAGUUUCUUUUUGAGCGAGACAUUGAAGUAUCUUUAUUUGUUGUUCGACGAAGAUAAUUUCGUUCAUGUGAACGAUGGCAACCACGUCUUUACGACUGAGGGACAUUUCUUGUCUCUUUCUUACGAUCUGCUAAAGCACGAGUCAGAUACGCGGAGACCAGACAACUCCACAAGACCCCCGAGACCAUCUUCACAGCCCAUGUGCGACCGCUAUAUGCCAAUCCAUAAUUCAAAUGCGACAUCCUACUACCUCCCGGUGGAACAUUCCCCGCCUCUUCCUCAGGACGAAAUCAUAUUCAUCAAGCACCUGAUAGGAGGCACACAGGUCGGCGAAGACGGGCCAACGGAUGCAGAUGAAUACAUAAAGAAACUGGUCAACUCACCAGACAAUCCGCCGCCUUUGCAGAUGCGGCCUUUCGAAUUCAAGUACGGUCUCCGAGCAGUUUUGGACGCUUUUCUUGGGGUGGUGCUUCUUGGCGCCGUGAUGUACUCUGGUCAUCGGUAACAUCCCCUCGUUUCCUUCUCUUUUGUGGUGCUUGUUAAUCCAGGGUCGAACCUCAUGAUGGAUCGGUCUAUCAAAGUGCGAGGAUCGUAAAGUCUGCCGACGGUUUUAUUGCCGAUCAUUUUGCGGGCGUACAAUUUCAAGUCGAGCGAGACCCAACUGGGGCAGGUUACAGAGUAACGAAGAUGAACGGAAAGGACGUUCAACCUACGGAUAUCAUCAAAGUCCCUCAAAAGGGUAUCUCCUUUCUUACCAGCCCCGCGAAGGGCGACCCACUGCAGCCAUCUCGAUCACCUGACAAUGGUCUAUCACAUCAAGGUGCCCGACUCGAGGCGUAUCUCCAUGAUGACAAUGGGGAGAUUCUGCAGCGUGAUUUUAUGUUGGCCAUUGCGCAGUUUGGACCUCAAAUGUUACCAAGCGAAGUUAUAAAUACUUCUCUUGUUGUUUUGGAUGAUGAGAGAGAUGUCGAGUAUGGGUGCCAUCCAUUUUCGCCUGAGGAUCACCGUCUUAUCCAAGGUCGACUACUGUUUGUUCGACGCGGGGGAUGUCUCUUUGCGGAGAAGGCCAUCUGGGCAGAACUAGCAGGAGCAAUUGGCGUGGUGGUCAUGAAUCAUGUAGAACCCUUCAUAUUCCCCAUGGCAAGUGGUGCCGAGCAAGGUCUCGAUGGACCUGGUCUAUCGAAUGGGGUGGACACUAUUAGCAUACCAGCAUAUAUGGUGAGUGGGAGAGAUGGGGCUUUGUUGGUUCGUGAAGCUUCGAAGCACGGGCCAGUCAAGGUCCAAUUACGGGCGCUGGAUGGGAUAGAAGCUCUCGGCGCGGUAGAUUUGCAGAUACAGUUUGCUGGACGACCGGUUUUAAAUGUCAUGGUUGUCCAAGAGGUUAGAGAGGGACAUACGAGCAGAGAGAUGAAGGGCCCGCCAUGGCGCAGGUGGGGGACUAGAGGAAGUGGGCUCUUGGAUCCCGGAAGUGGAUUUGGGUGUUUGAUGGGAUGUGGCAUAGCUGCUACGCAAACUUGUUGCAGUGACGUGCGCUUGUAGGAGCGAUAAAAUCAUAGAUACACGAUUCAAAGUCUGACAAUUCUGAUUCUAUAUAUCUUGGCGUAGUUGGAAGUUCUAUCUGAUUGAGCAGACAAAUAAUUACACUACCUCUACUAUACC